AUAAAACAAUAAUAAAUGUGACAGCAGGUAGGUGCCCCACGAAAAAAGCAUGUUUUGUGGCCAAUUUUCACUCAGUAAGUUCCUUUAGCGUCCACAAUUGUUAGGUAGAUCUGAUAAAGACGAUAAAGCACACUGGCGUAGCUGCAACUGUGCACUAGUUUCUCUUCAUCUCUUUACGGUUUUGAAGAAGCAGCAAAGCUUUUGCUUUUACGUGGAGUCACCUUCUAUGCAUCUGUGUUUCACUCGUGUGAAGCAGUGAGUGAGUAAGAUCUUCAAAGCAUACUCAGCAGCCUGUCAUGACUGACGAUACAACCUCAUUAAGUUACUGGUUGAAUUCAAGGUUCUUCCUCUGUGCUUUAUGGAUCCUAUUUGCCAUCGUUGCUGCAUCAAUUAUAAUAUGGAAAUAUGAAGGCUCCAAGAAAUCAAAAUCUGACUGGAGAGAAAACAAAGAAGAAACAGUUGGGUCUUUGUAUGAGGAUGAAGCUUGGAACACAUGUCUUACAUGUAUCCAUCCUGCUUGGUUGCUUCUUUAUAGAGUGACUGCUUUCACAGUUCUUUUUGCGUUGAUUGCUGCUAACAUUGUCACUGCUGCUGGAGGUGUUGGUGUAUUUUACUUUUACACUCAGUGGACUUUUGCUCUGGUCACAAUCUAUUUUGGGCUUGGAUCCUCAAUGUCCAUAUAUGGAUUAUUAUGCAAAUCCCAUGGCAGAGAUGGUGAUGAUCUUCCGAGCUCCAAUGUAGAGAAACACCACUACAUACCUCCCAUGGUCAUGGAAACUGCAGAUGUAGUCAAUAUCUCCAAAAGUCCCAAAACCCUAGCAGAAACUUGCACGCGUAAGUCUGCUGGUGUAUGGGGCUAUGCCUUACAAAUAAUUUUUCAGAUAUGUGCCGGAGCAGUAAUUCUUACUGAUAUUGUAUUUUGGCUCGUUCUUUAUCCAUUUCUAUUACCAAGUGAUAUUGAUCUAGAUUUGAUUGUUGUUAGUAUGCACUCACUCAAUGCUGUUCUCCUCAUGGGUGACAUCAUUUUAAAUGACUUGCGGUUCCCUCUAUUUCGAAUUGCAUAUUUUUUCUUAUGGACGGCAACAUUUGUCAUUUUCCAGUGGAUCAUCCAUGCUUGUGUAAACCUUUGGUGGCCAUAUGCAUUUCUCGACUUAUCAUCACCCUGGGCUCCGUUAUGGUAUCUUGGGGCAGGGUUGCUGCAUCUCCCUUGCUUUGGCAUCUUUGCUGCAAUGAUUAAGCUGAAGCACUUUGUGUUGUCAAAAUAUUUCCCAGACUCUUAUCGGUGUUAACACGAGAAGAAAUGAGACUUUACCCAUUGGCAUAUUAUCCAUACAGAUUCUCUUGAUGGACUAAAACAUGCAUCUUCUUGAUGCAUUGCUGAUGAUGGUUAUAUCUGAAGAAGCAUACAACAUUGAAUACCAAAUGUAGGGAUUUUCACGUACAAUUUCUAUUCAUGUUAUAAUGUUAGUAUCUGUGCUUUAAUUAAAUAUGCAUGUAUACGUGAACUGACCUAAUUUCAUAAAAGCCAGUUUGCUGUCUGUUUAUUAUUUUAA